AUGAAGGUUACACUCCAGUCCGCUCUUCUCGCGCAGUUCCUGUGCCUUGGCGCCGCUCAGUUUACUGAGCCUCCGCCAUCCACAGCAGACCCGAGUACGAUCAAGGACUGUACCUGGUGGUUCGUCGCCGGCGCUUCUGAUACCUGCGACAGAGUAACAGCCACAUACGGCAUUACCCAGGCGCAGCUCGUUCGAUACAACCCCAUUCUGUCUUCAUCCUGUACCUUCAUCACCGGAAACUCGUACUGUAUCGAGCAGAACUGGGGUGCGGAGCCUGAACCUGAGCCCCAGCCUCCCACGGGGGCUCCUGGUUCGCCUACGACGCUCACAACCACCACCAGAGCAGCCACCACAACCACCGCCCCCGGCAAUGGUAUUGCUACUCCGCAGCCUAUCCAACCUGGCAUGGUGACCAACUGCAACAAGUUUUACUGGGUUGAUCAGGGUGUCAGCUGCAGUCAGGUCCUCAGCUCCCAGCAGAUCUCUCUCGCUGAUUUCGCCAAAUGGAAUCCCGCUGUUGGUAUUGAAUGCACUGGUAUGUGGGCUGAAGUCAAUGUUUGCGUCGGUGUCAUCGGAGGCUCUGCACCAACAACCACUUCGAAACCAUUGACCACUACUACCACAGCCGCGGGUAACGGUGUUCAGACGCCCCAGCCCACCCAACCUGGAAUGGUGACCAACUGUAACAAGUUCCACUGGAUUGCUCAGGGAGUCAGCUGUAGCCAGGUCAUCAGCUACCAGAAGAUCAGCCUCGCUGACUUCGUCAAGUGGAAUCCCACUGUUGGCAACGACUGUAGUGGCAUGUGGGCGGAAGUCAACGUCUGUGUCGGCGUUAUCGGAGGUUCUGCCCCUUCAACCACAACUAAGCCGCCAGUUACAACUACAGCGCCGGCGGGAAAUGGUGUCCAGACGCCCCAGCCCACCCAACCUGGAAUGGUGACCAACUGUAACAAGUUCCACUGGAUCGCCCAGGGAGUCAACUGCAACCAGGUCAUCAGCUACCAGAAGAUCAGCCUUGCUGACUUUGUCAAGUGGAAUCCCACUGUUGGCAACGACUGCACCGGCAUGUGGGCUAACGUCAACGUCUGUGUUGGUGUGAUCGGAGGAAGUACACCUACAACUACGACCAAGCCAACCACUACCACAACUGCUGGCAACGGCGUCCAGACACCCCAGCCUACGCAGCCUGGAAUGGUCACAAACUGCAAGAAAUUCCAUUACGUAUCCGAGGGUAACACUUGUGGUCAAAUCAUCAGCUACCAGAAGAUCACUCUCGCGAACUUCGUCAAGUGGAACACAGGCGUCGGUUCAAGCUGUCAGAACAUGUGGGCCAAGACUUACGUGUGUGUUGGCGUUUAA